GGGUUCACGAAUAGUUGCUGUGUUUCGGAGAGUGCGCCUAGAGUGCGCGUAAUUACUGGUGUGUGUGAGGAGGGGGGAGAAAGAGAGGGAGAGAGAGAGAGAGAGAGAAAGAGAAGGGGGUUAAACAUGGACACGAGUUCAGGCGUGAGUUGGAGACGAGUCCGGGUCCUGAAAUGAAGAAGCAGUAGCUCGCUCCUCGGCCGGGGAGGGACGGGAGGAGAGAAUGCCCAGCGCCAACGUCUCCGUGCGAAGUUUGUCCGAAGAGGAGAGGCACGCCAGCCGCCGAAUGGAACAAAGUGUGGAGGGUGGAUUACUCCCCGUGUCAAUGCGUCGGGGCUCCUCGGACAACAACCUGGACCUGGACCUCAGUGAUGGCAGCCCCUGCCCGUCUCUCGGCGCGGAGGUCCAGCGAAGUCGUUCUUUCCUGGACAGUCUCCAGCAGAAAAUCCUGAAAGUCACCGAGCAGCUGAAGAUCGAGCAGACGGCUAAGAACGAGAACGUGGCGGAGUACCUGAAGCUGAUGAACAGCGCCGACAAGCAGCAGGUGGGCCGCAUCAAGCAGGUGUUCGAGAAGAAGAACCAGAAGUCGGCUCAAAACAUCGCCCAGAUGCAGAAGAAGCUGGAGCAGUACCACCGAAAGAUGAAGGACCGCGAGGUCCUUCACAGCAGCCCCCCUUACCACCCAUCCGUCAAACACAGCACCCUACCCAGGGAGUCGCCCCGAGAGCUGCUGAAGGACAUGACGGGCAGCGGCCGACACCCCACCAUGGACAAGAUCAAAACCAUCGGGCCGGGUGUCUCCCUCUCCCCUCCGUUCUUCUUCAGCAAGCCCAAAGACCUGGCCAACGCCAUCCGGAACAGGUUCGGCAGCGCGGACAACAUCGCCCACCUCAAAACCGCCCUGGACUCCCCCCCGCAGAUGCCCACCGACAGCGCGGGGAAAGGAAUGAGCAGCAGCACCUCCUUAGUGGGCAAGCUGAAGUACCCCAGCGAUGACGAGUGCUCCUCGGGCAGCGCCUCCAUCUCGGCCGACAGCAACGGCAACCCCGGGGCGGGGGGGGCGUCUGCCGGGCAGCUGCAGGGCCAGGCCCACGGCCAGGAGCUCCAGCCAGGGGGCGACGUCCAGAACAAACUGGACCUGUGCUCGGAGGAGGUAAGGGAGAUCAAAGACGUCCAAAGCCAGCUGGAGGAGGACAUUGAAGAGAUAAAGGCGCAGUAUAAGAGAGAGUACGGCAUCGUCAGUCAAACACUACAGGAGGAGAGAUACAGGUACGAGCGUUUGGAGGACCAGCUCAACGAUCUGACAGAACUGCAUCAACAUGAGAUGGCAGAUCUGAAGCAGGAACUGGCCAGCAUAGAGGAGAGGGUGACCUACCAGGCCCACGAAAGGGCCAGGGACCUACAGGAAGCUCUGGAGUCGUGUCAGACCCGCGUGUCCAAGCUGGAGCUCCAGCAGCAGCACCAGCAGCAGACCAUCCAGCUGGAGAGCCCCGACGCCCGCGUCCUGCUGGGGAAGAGCAUCAACAUCAUGCUGGCCAUCAUCACGGUCAUCCUGGUGUGCGUCUCCACCGCGGCCAAAUUUGCCGCUCCGCUUAUGAGGAGCCGCUAUCACGUGGUGUUAACCCUCCUGGGCCUGUGCUUUCUGACCGUGUUCUGGAAGAGCUGGGACCGUCUCCAGUUCGCUCUGGACGGGCUGUUGGUGCCGGCCAAUAGCGAAGGCCCCCUUAAAAUGACAUUAACAUGAGUGCUGUCAGAAUCAUAGUCUAUGGAGAUUGGUUGUACAAUCUUCAGAUAGCAUGAUCGUGAUGUAUUUGUAAAAUUCAAAGUUUUUUAAAAAAAGACAGUGAAACUUAAUUCUUGUGAUUAUUUUUUUCUUUAGGUUUUUUUAGACGUUGAAUGUGUGUAACUAACAAUUUCAUAUCAAUUUAAUAACAGUAUUUAUGUAACAUCAGAUUUGACUACUCCAGUAAUCACUAUGAAAUGUUCAGAGUACUUUAAAGUUCAAAAUCAAGGAUGAAGAAGGGUGAAGAAUGGUGCAUUUUUAAAUGCAGACAGACGCAAGUCUCAUCCCUUCUGUAAAUCUUAAUUAUUUUUGUUUUUUUUGUUGCUUUGUUUCUGUCAGACUUAAAGGAAAUCUCAAACUGAAGUUCAUGCACAGGAACAAAAUGUUACUCUUGGUCAAGGUUAUGGAUAUGGAAAUGUUUUUCUUAAAGGAAUGUUUAAACACUUGGGGGAGAUACAGUUAUUUCCUUUUGACUGUUAAUCGAUGAUCUAGAUAGAUGUGGUUCAUACUAAGAUUUUGCCAACAACUGUUAUGCUUAUUUUCGCAACUGUUUUAGAGGUUUAAGUGCUUUUAGGUGGAUUUAAUUGUCUUCUGCUUUAUCAAGAUAAAUAAGCCCAUUUCCCCAUUCUUUUAAAUAUUUUUGUUUUAAGGAGAAUCUGCGUUGUCUUGUCUGUUGGGCUCUGUCAACUUUGAAGUUUUGAAGUGCAAUAUAGUUGAUUCUUAAGGGCACUGUUUUUAAGCAUUCCUGUCUGAGUGAGAGUUUUACAAUGGUUUUAUAGAGGAGUGACAAGGUGUUGUCACCGGAGGGACGUGUAAGGAAGUGUCAUUAAUGCUGGGCAAGAGAGAACCAUAACCACUGAGGCCACUGCUGGACUCCAAUAAUAACAGCUGUCUCCUGUCUCAAAGGCCAAAAAUCAAUCCAGCUGCAUCACGGCGCUGGUAACAAGGAAACCGCCGCCCUGCACGGCGCUCCAGUGCAGGCGCGUACAUAUGCAAGUGCAAACAACACAAAGCACAGACUUGUCUUCUUAAGUUUUAUGUAGAAAUGUCUUAUGGUUUUUUCCAUGGUUGUCUUUUAGUCUUUUAAGAAUAAUGUAAUGCAGAGUCAGGGGUUAUACUGUGAUAUUGGGCUUUUUCCUAAAGAAAAAAGCAUUUUUUUUCCAUUUUAUCAACAAACAGCCUUGUGUGCUCCACUGAGAGGAUCACUUUACAGACUUGUGAUAAACUAUGAGCCUUUUUUAAAUCACUAAUGUUUUAUUUCAUAUUUGUCCUCUGAACAGUGGGAGGAUAUGUCCAUUUCUCUAUUUUUUUCUUAAAACUCAUGCUUUAUAUGCAGAGUUGUGGUCUAGUUUACAUUCUGUUUUCAUCUUUAGUGCACUAUGUGAUCAACAAGUUGUAUUUUCAUACAUCAUGUGCCUUUGUCUUCUAAUUUCUGUUAAAUUAAACAACCCUUUUUAAUCAUCUUUUGGCUGAUCUUUGCAACUGAUGGGCUUUGCCAUAAAUCUUCCCUCCUUAAGAAGUUUUUUGGCAGGCUUACAACUGG